AGCGAGCAUCCUGCCGCUCUGUACUGCACCGUGAGCGACUUUCCCCGUCUCUCGCUGACAAUGACCACGAUAAAAACCAUUUACUUCGUUGUUGAUGGCAGACCCGAACAAGCGGAGUUUCCCAGCGACUGCCCGGCACAGGAUGUGAAAGAUAUAUUCCGAGCUGCUGCCGAGGCUGGUCCCCAUGAUAUCCUGAAAUUGUACAACGUAAAAGGCAGCAUUAUAAACAUUUCACCAAAGCUAGAAUCUAAUACUCGACAAACCCAAUACAAACUGGAAGUUGUUGCUGCUGACUUUAAGACUGAUUCCUUGGGUUCUGAGUUGGCAUCCGCAUUGGGAUUUGAUCUCUCUGCCAUGGAGAAAAGGCUACAAGAGCUGGAGAAGAAGCUUCUAAUUGAAUCAGGGCCGAUGCCAUCCAUCGUUUAUGAGAUGAGAAAUCGUGUGGAGUCCUUUCGGGAGAAACUUGAAAGUGUGGAACAUCUCAGCUGGCUUGGACUCUUUAAAGACUUGACAGAGUGGACAAACAAACCUUCACCUUUUUAUCACAAGCGUUCACUAAGGAAGAGCAAGGAAGAAUGUCAGCAAGUCAUGGAAAAGUACUUACAGAUGAGUAAUUUGGAAGUCACAGAGGAAGUUAGGCAGUACCUGAAGACACCGACAUUUGAUAACUGGCAAUGGGAGGAUGCAGAAAUAAUGGUUCUACUUCAACUGAUGUUCGUUGACCUGGGUUUCAUGAAUAAAUUCAACAUUGAAAUGGAGGUCCUGCAACAGUUCCUCUUUGAGGUGUACCGCCAUUAUAACAACAUUCCAUUCCACAACUUUCAGCAUUGUUUUUGUGUCACUCAGAUGAUGUAUGGGUUGAUCUGGUUAACAGAUCUUCAAAGUCGCAUGGAUGACAUUGAUAUCCUGACCAUGCUCACGUCCGCAAUAUGCCACGAUCUGGAUCAUCCAGGAUAUAACAAUGCAUACCAGAUCAAUGCUCGUACAGAACUGGCACUGAGAUACAAUGACAUCUCUCCAUUGGAGAACCACCACUGCUCCGUGGCCUUUAAGAUCUUGGAAAAGCCUGAAAACAACAUAUUCCGAAACCUAACAACUGAGCAGUACAAGAGAAUUCGGGAAGGAAUGAUAAAAUGCGUUCUGGCCACAGAUAUGGCUCGCCAUAAUGAGAUUCUGAAUCAGUUCCGAUCCAUUUUGCCGGUGUUUGAUUUUAACAACAAAGAUCAUAAGGAUAUUCUUACAAUGAUUAUAAUCAAAGUCAGUGACAUUUCUAAUGAAGCACGUCCCAUGGAUGUGGCUGAACCUUGGCUGGAUUGCUUACUGCAAGAAUUUUUCAACCAGAGUGACAUGGAGAAGCUAGAAGGUCUACCUGUGUCCCCAUUCAUGGACAGGGACAAAGUGACAAAACCAUCAUCGCAAACAGGUUUCAUCCGCUUUGUGUUGUUGCCCUUGUUCAUUGAACUUGCAAACUUAUUCCCUAAUUUGGAGCAACACAUCAUUGACCCUGUGCGCAAGGCUUUGGAUUACUACACUGAAAUGGAAAAAGCCUUAGAAAAGGAGAAACUUAGUCGCACUGGCUCCCCAUUGAAAGAAAAGAAUCUGAAAUCUCCGGAAGAACAGAAGGGAAUCCAAACCAAUGCAGAUUCAGCUGAGCUUUCAGAAACUAUGAACGACACCUCAGACAGACCAGGAGCACUUCAAUCGUCACAGGAAAUGGAAAAUAAGUGAAAAUAUGGUUGGCAAAGGGCUGCAUUAGAUAAUCAUGUUGAUAUGUUUAUUUCUUUGCUCAAGUAGUAUGCCAUAUUCAGAAGAAAGUACAACAUUGUAUAGAUCACACUCAUCUUCUUCUCUUUGGUUAACUGUAAGUUGGGUCUCAAUACUAACUCAACUGUCUUAGUUGAGACUACCAUAUUUCCUUCGACUGAGACAGUUUGAAAAGCUCUUCUCACUAGUGCUGUAACACAAGUUUUGUGCAAGAAAAUUCAUUUCUUUUUAUCAGGUGUCAAUGUUCUGAGACUGACCAUUGUUGAUAACUCCAAAAGUAAACUUGUCAUUCAGUCCAGUGCAAGGUUGUGUCAUCUGCCAGGUAAUCUUCAUCCUUAGAGCCUAUCCUAAUUAGUAAAUUGAUUUAAUAUUAUCACAUUUAUUGAUAUACAAUGGAAAAAAAACUUAGGUUGUGUACAGAUCAAUUCAUGACUGAGGUAGUACAAGGGAAAACAACAACAGAGUGCAGAAUAAAGUUUCCAGUUAUAGAGAAAGUUCAGAGCAGGUAGACAAUAAGGUACAGGGUCAUAACAAGGUAGAUUGUGAGGUCAAGAUUUCCUACUUAUUGUACUAGUGAACCAUUCAGUAGUUUUAUAACAGCAGGAUAGAACUACAUGCCUUCAGUCUUUUGUAUGUUCUGCCCAAGGGGAGUGGAGAAAAAAAGAGCAACAUGCACAACUCACUGGAGGAACUCAGCAGGUCAGGCAGCAUCCGUGGAAACCGUGGAAAAAAGAAAAGGAGAGGCUGUGGUGUCCAGGGUGGGUGGAUUCUUUGAUGAUGUUGUCUGCUUUAUUGAGGCAGUGAGAUGUACAGACAAAGUCCAUGGAGGGGAAGCUGGUUUCUGUGAUGUACUGAGCUCUUUCCACCACCCUGCUGUUUCUCAUGAUUAUUUGCAGAGCAGUUGUCAUACUAAGCCAUGAUGCACCCAGAUAGGAUGCUUCCUGUGGUGCAUUGAUUAAAAUUGAUGAGCAUCAGAGGGUUCGUGACCAUUUUUUUUUAGCCUCUUGAGGUGCUGUUGAGUUUUCUUGGCUGUGGCAUUGACUUUGUUGGACAGGGAUAGGCUAUUGGUGAUGAAGUUGAAUCUCUCAACCCUCACAACUUCAGCACUAUUGAUAUAAACAACUGACACCUAUCAUGAAAUCAAUGACUAGCUCUUUACUUCUUUAGUUUUGCUGACAUUGAGGAAAAGGUUGUUCACAUGACAUCCGGCUCCUUAUCUCUGACUCUUCAUUAUUUGAGAUGCAGUCUACAAUGAUAACCACCUGAAAAAUUGUAGAUUGAGUUAGGGCAGAACCUGGCUAUGUAGACUAGAUAGGGACUAGAUAGGGGGUUGAGGAUACAGCCUUAUGUACCACCAAUGUUGAAAAUAAUCAUGUUUGAGGUGUUGCUGCCUACCCUUACAGAUUGUGGUCUGUUGUUCAAGAGGUCAUGAAUUAAGUUGCAACGGAAGGUGUUGAGUCCUAGGUUUUGGAAUUUGGAGAUGAGAUUGUUUUGAAUUAUAGUUUUGAAGGCAUAAGUGUAGUCAAUAAGCAAUAGUCUAACAUAGGUGCCUUUGCAGUCCAGAUGUUUCAGAGAUGAAUGUAGCACCAGAGAGACCUGUUUUGGUGGUAAACAAAUAGCAGAGGGUUGAGGUUGUCUGGGAGGCUGGAGUUGACAUGUGCCAUGAUCAGCCUCUUGAAGCACAGCAGGAUGUUGGAUAUCAGAGCCACCGGGUGGGAGCCAUUAAAGUGUCCUGCUGAAGGGUUUCAGCCCAAAACGUUGACUGUACUUUUUCCAUAGAUGCUGCCUGGCCUGCUGAGCUCCUCCAGCGCUUUGUGUGUGUUGCUCGGAUUUCCAGCAUCUGCAGAUUUUCUCCUGAUUAAGGCACGGGACCUUGUUUUUCUUAGAUACUGGGAUGAUAGUUAUCUUCUUAAAGGAGGUGGGAACCUCAAACUGAACAGGGUGAAAUUAAAAAUGGCUGUAAAUAUCCUGCUAGCUGAUUGGUACAGGUUAUAAAGACACAGCCAGGGACACCAUCCGAAGCAGAUGCUUUCCACAGGUUCACUCACCAGAAGUCUGAUCUUAUAUCCGCAUGUAUGAGUUCAGGUGCUUUGAAAUGCUGUCAGGAAGGGUAAUUACAUUCCAUUCCCCUUCUGUUUAAAACAUUAUGCUCAUGGGGGUAUUGAUCCCUUCAUGACUAGAAUCUCCCCUCAUCCUUCAACUCCAACCUGACCCUGCAGUCAGGUUAGUCCCACACCUUAAUUCCUCACUGCCCAGGACUGGUGAUUCUGGACUCUUUCACUAGCCAGUCUUAAACUGUGAUCUGUCUUCCACCUGUCUGGCAUUGCCCUGAUCCAUGAUAACCCAAGUAUACCCACAUACCAACUGAUCUGCUGCUCCCUGGCCUUAGCCAGUCAUGUCCAUUACCAUCACCACACUGAGCCUGUCCCUUGGUUGCGGUUGACCAUGGAUACUGCGUCCUUUCGUAAUAUGCAAGCCAGGACAGGACUUUACGGGGAGCAGGCUGUUGCCCAUGGGCAGGCUCCCACUCUCCAUGCAGCUGAAGAGUCCAAAGGCAAAGGGUGAUACUGUUUGGGACCAGCGGCGUCUCAGGAGUUUUCAGUCAGCUUUGAACUAAUUGUAGGACUGCCUUAGGGAUGCCAGCUCUGGAUUUUCCUCAGGGUCUCCUGUUCACUCAGAAUGCUGGAGACUGGCUUCCCAGUGCCCCGAGGUAUAUUAUAUAUCUUCUGAUAGAGCUUGCUGCACUUUGGAUGACAUCCAAUGGUUUUCAACAAAAUCCAUAAAGACAGCAGCAUUAUGAGAACCAAGGUAAGAUAUCUUCUAAGAUCUGGGUCCAGGAGUAAGGACAAGCAUGUCACUCAGUUUUGGAUCUGGGCUGCUGAUUUUGACUGUUUCAAUCAAGGCACUUGGAAGAGCCUUGAUGAAUAAAAAAGACAAUUAUAGAACUGAAAUUCAAAGUUCAAAGUAAAUUCAUUAUCGAAGUACAUAUAUAUCACCUGAGAUUCAUUUUCUUGUGGGCAUUCACAGUAACUACAAGAAACACAAUAGAAUUAAUGAAAGACACACACCCAACUGGAUGGACAACAACCAAUGUGUAAUGAAUAACAUUCCAAGCUUCGACAUGUUGUGCAUUAAUAGAUACUCCUUGACACGCCACUGUUGUAGUGCGUGGUUAUUUGAGUUACUGUUGCCUUCUUGUCAUCUUAAACCUGUCUGGUCAUUCUCCUCUGACCUCUCUCAUCAGCAAGGUGUUUUUGCCCACAGAACUGCCACUCUCUGGAUGUUUCCUUUUAGUUUUUUUGGCACCAUCCUCUGUAAACUCUAGAGACAAUUGUGCAUGAGGAGAUCAGCAGUUUCUGAGAUACUCAAACUACUUCGUCCGCCACCAAUGAUCAUUCCAGAGUCAAGGUCACUUGGGUUACAUUCCUCCCCCAUUCUGAUGCUUGGUCUGAACCGAAACUGAAGCUCUUGACCAUGUCUGCAUGCUUUUAUAGAUUGAGUUGCUGCCACAUGAUUGGCUAAUUUGAUGUUUGCAUCAACAAGCAGGUGUGCAGGUGUACCUAAUAAAGUGGCCAGAGAGUGUACAUAUACUGCAUAAAUUUGCUGACUUAGACGAUUCAGCAGAAAUCCGUCACCUGGUGGCUGUCUCCCUGUUGAAGGAACAGCCUGUGCUUGGAAGGAAAAGAAAACAAAUUCAGUUUCUAAACAGGUAAUGUAAUAAGAAUAAUACAAAUAAUACUGAAUAACUAGAAAAUCUGUGCAGAGUUGUCUUUCUACUGAAAUGUAAAGCUAUAAAUGGAUAUAAAUCUGAGCAAUGUCAGCAUCCGAAUAGAACUGAAGUUUCUCAUAUUUCCCCGUCUAACGAGAGGUUGAAUCACUUCUCUCCCACACAGUCUUCAAGGAGCAGUGAAUAAAAUUGCUUCUCUCUUGCUGGUCCUGCCUUCAGCUAGAACUCACUCAGUCUGAGAUUUUAAGUGCAGACAGAUGUUUUUAAAAGAUUGGACACCUGACCCCACGGAGGAGCUUAGGGAAUUUUAGAUCAGCCACAGUUAUGUCAAGUGUUAGGGAAGGCUUUAGAGACCAGGUGGCCUUCUCUUGCUCUUAUUUCCUCAUGCUCUCUAUUUUGCUGCUCUCAUUUUGUGCUUGAAGCCAAUCAAUGAAUGCCAGUGCUAUGAUCCUUGGUCCUAAUAGCUCCAUAUGUCUGGCAUCAAAUAUUUUUAAUGUGAUGUUGCUCACAUGAAGUGCCUUGGAGUAUCUUUACUGUAUUAAAGAGAUUCUGAGGAUGGAGUUCCUUGUAACUCAUCAGUGCAUGUGUCAGAGUUGUUUAGUUCUUGAUUGACAUGCAGCCCCCUGGCCUACCAGCUGUCUCUAUAAUUGAUAGAGAUUAAACAGCUCAGGGACCUGCACGGAUCUGGUGAGGUCCCUGUGUUUUCAGGUUGCAUAAAGAAAAAAAAAACAGAAGUGGUAGAUGGAGUUCAACCCAGAUAAGUGUGAGGUGGUUCAUUUUGGUCAAAUAGAUGGAAGAAUAUAGUAUUAAUGGUAAGACUCUUGGCAGUUUGGAGGACCGGAGGGAUCUUGGGGUCCAUGUCCAUAGGACACUCAAAGCUGCUAUGCAGGUUGACUGUGUGGUUAAGAAGGCAUACGGUGUAUUGGCCUUCAUCAACCGUGGGACUGAGUUCAAGAGCGAGAGGUACUGUUGCAGCUAUAUAGGACCCUGGUCAGACCCCACUUGGAGUACUGUGCUCAGUUCUGGUCACCUCACUACAGGAAGGAUGUGGAAACUAUAGAAAGGGUGCAGUGGAGAUUUACAAGGAUGUUGCCUGGAUUGGGGAGCAUGUUUUAUGAGAAUAGAUUGAGUGAACUUGGCCUUUUCUCCUUGGAGCAAUGGAGGAUGAGAGGUGACCUGAUAGAGGUGUAUAAGAUGAUGAGAGGCAUUGAUCAUGUGGAUAGCCAGAGGCUUCUUCCCAGGGCUGAAAAGGCUAGCACGAGAGGGCACAGUUUUAAGGUGCUUGGAAGUAGAUACAGAGGAGAUGUCAGGGGUAAGUUUUUUAUACAGAGAGUGGUGAGUGCAUGGAAUGGGCUGCCAGCAACAGUGGUGGAGACGGAUACAAUAGGGUCUUUUAGGAGGCUCCUGGACAGGUACAUGGAGCUUAGAAAAAUAGAGGGCGAUGGGUAACCCUAGGUAAUUUACAUGUUCGGCACAGCAUUGUGGGCUGAAGGGCCUGUAUUGUGCUGUAGGUUUUCUAUGUUUCUAUAUGAGCAGAACAUCUUUAUUAGUUGAGGAAUUGAGUUCAAGAAUCAUAAUGUAAUGUUGCAGCGUCAUAAAGCUUGAGUUAGUCCACAUCUGGAGUACUGCAUUCAGUUCUGGUUGCCCCAUUAUAGGAAGGAUGCAAAGGCUUUUGAGGGGGUGCAGAAAAGAUUUACCAAGAUGGCAGCUGGAUUGGAGGGCAUGUGCUAUAAGGAAAGGUUGAACAAACCUGGACUGAUUUCUCUGGACUGGUAGAUUUUGUAGAAGUUUAUACAAUCAUGAAAGGUACAGAUAGUAAAUGAUCAGUAUCUUUUUUCCCAGGGUUGAAAUGUCUAAUACCAGAGGGCAUGCAUUUAAGGUGAGAGGCAGGUUAUUUUUAUACAGACUGUGGUGGUUGCUGGAAUGCACUGCCAGGGGUGGUUGCAACAUUCCCUCUAAGGUGUGCGCUUGUGUGCAUACACACAUCUUUUGUUACUAGUGCACAAAGGAAUUUAAACUAUGCACAAAAGGUUGUCACCCUGCACCUCAUUGGUACGUUAAGUAUAUUUCACGAUCAUACACAAUCACAUUUCCUUUUCUGGUUUCUGACGCGCACGGUGCUGACAACGUGGAGUUUGUGAUGAUCUGUCUGCAGAUUUUAGAAAUGGCUUAUCUAUAGUGUUUUUAUUGAGAAAUUAUUCAGUGUGCACAUGUUGUCACUGAGCAAAAAACUGCUUGGCACAAAAUUUUUGCACACACUUGUCAUUACAAAUUAGAGGGAUAUGGGCCGUGUAUAGGUGCAAGGGAUGAGUUUAGUCCUGCAUUCGAUUACAGUACUAAUUUAAUUGGUUCAGUACAACACUGUGGGCCAAAGAGCCUGGCUCCUGUGCUGUACUGUUCUCUGUUCUAUACUUUACUGAAGGCUGAAACAAAGUACAAAACACAGAAUAAAUG